UUUCAUCCCAAUCAAUGUCACCACGAAUAAUUCUAAUUGUAUUUGCAGCCAGCAUUAUUAUUCUGCUCAUCAACUAUGGAAUUUAUAUUUGGUUUUGGAAGGAAACUACACCGAUUUUUAUCAGUGAUGAGAAGUAUUUCAAUACAACGCUAGCCAAGAUAUUAAAACCUCGAUGGCCUGGCAGCUUUGGACAUUCAGAGGUAUUGAAUUUUCUUAUCGAAGAGCUGCAGGAAUUGGGUUUUGCUGCGGUGCGCGAUGAGUUGUUCGACCAGAUCCCAUUUACCAAUGUUCUGGGUAUUAUAAAUAUGGAGGCGUCCGAUUUCAUAUUGCUUUCUUGUCAUUACGACUCGAAGUUCACAAAAUCGAAUGCAUUUUAUGUUGGUGCCACCGAUGGAGCCGUUUCCUGUGCUAUUCUUCUGAGUAUUGCCAAAUCUUUGAAAACUUUUCUGACCGGAGAGUUUUCAAAACGGAAAGAUAUUGGCUUGAUGCUGACUUUCUUUGACGGACACGAGUCCUUUGAGGACGAGACGCAAGAUACAAAUUCAUUGAAUGGAUCUCGACGGUUUGCACUCGAAGAAACCAUACCACUGAAGAGUAUUGAGUUGAUUAUCACUUUAAACCUAAUUGGUGCACCCAAUCAUAUCUAUAUGAGCCACUAUGAUAAUACAUAUUUAUUGCACAAGCUCAUGGCUAAUAUUGAACAGCAGCUGAAAAAAGCAGGUCAGCUUACCGAUUGCCAUCAGUUGUUCCACAACCUCAAGGAUCACGAUAGCGAUAUUGAAGACGAUCACUAUCCGUUUCUCGAGGAGGGCGUGCCAGUGAUGCAUAUAGUGCCCCAUACUUAUCCAGAAGUAUGGCAUACAGCUGCUGACAAUCUGGACAAUUUGCACUUCCCAACAAUUCGUAAUAUGAACACGAUUCUUACCCGUUUCGUUUAUGACUACUUGAUAAACCAUGAUCGUGACAGCUCCGAAAUUGAAUAUUAUUGAAGUUAACUGUGUUGUUAAUGUUUUUUACUUAUAUAGCUUAAGGUUCGACUGAAAUACAGUUUUCCAAUACAUCAACUUUAAACUUGAUGUGUUUUCAAAUAA